UUGAUUUUUUUUUUUUUUUUUUUAGUUCCAGCAGAGAUUUCAAACUGUUUGGUUGCGCUUGAGUAUCGUUGUAAUUGUAAUUGUAUCGGUUAGAUACCAAAGCAAAACUGAAACUUGCACGGAAUUACUCAUUUUGUUCAUAAAGACAGAUUAAUUAAAAUAAUACAAUAUCAUUAUAUAAAAAAAUAUAUAGACAUAUAUGUACUUGAAGUAUUUGAGUUAACAUAUUUUUGAAGAAAAAAAAAAAUAAUAAAUUAAAAAAUAAAUUAUACACUUUAAAAUAUGCAAGCUAUUAAGUGUGUGGUGGUUGGCGAUGGUGCCGUGGGUAAAACAUGUUUACUAAUCAGUUACACAACCAAUGCGUUCCCUGGAGAAUAUAUACCAACAGUAUUUGAUAACUAUUCAGCUAAUGUUAUGGUUGAUGCUAAACCAAUUAAUUUGGGUCUUUGGGAUACGGCCGGCCAAGAGGAUUACGAUCGUUUGAGACCUUUGUCUUAUCCCCAAACUGAUGUAUUUCUAAUUUGCUUUUCUUUGGUAAAUCCAGCUUCAUUUGAGAAUGUACGGGCUAAAUGGUAUCCUGAAGUACGUCAUCACUGUCCUAAUGUGCCAAUCAUUCUAGUGGGUACAAAGUUAGAUUUACGCGACGAUAAGGCGACCAUAGAAAAGUUGAAAGAUAAAAAACUAACACCCAUUACAUAUCCACAAGGCUUAGCCAUGGCGAAAGAGAUCGGUGCUGUCAAAUAUUUAGAAUGUUCAGCCCUAACGCAAAAAGGGCUUAAAACUGUCUUCGAUGAGGCCAUACGUUCCGUAUUAUGCCCAGUUAUGCGUGUCAAGAGAUCACGUAAAUGUAUAUUAUUGUAAAUUAUUUAUAAGUUGUGUGUGUGUGUGUGUAAGAAAAUUUAUUAUGCAAAUAAAAAAAACUA